AUGUUACCAUCUGUAACUUCAAUUAAAGAGUUCUAAACGUAACCUUUGAUAAGGAAAAUCAUGAAAUCUUAAUUUGAAACACCAAAAAAAAGUAGUAUAAGUACUCAUGAGAUAAUUCAUAAAUCUUGUAAAUCUUCGUAUCAAUAAUACAGAAAAUAAAGAAAUCAAUAAGAAACAAUUCAGGUUGAGAAAUUAUUUUUUAGGAAUUAACCUAGUUCAUCAAGAGAGACUCCUCCUUCAUUUCUAAUUACUCGACACUUUGAAAGGAGGCCAGAGAUUUAAGAAACUACAAUUUAAGAAACAAAAUAUUAGGAAACAAUUAAAUUUCAUAAAGGAAGAUUACAAGAUGAUAAAAAUUAAAAAGAUAAUAAUUUAAUUAAGAGUUUCUCUCGUUUUCGUUUGUAGGAAAAUGUUUGUUAAAGACAGAUCAUAACUUCUUAACAUUCAUAAAGAGUUUAAACAACAAAUGAUUAAGAGUUUCGGUACUUUGUAAAAUAAAACGGGUAAUUAAAAUUAUUUUGAUAGUGCGUUAGAAUGAAAUAAAUUGUUAUAGUGAAUUAGUUAUAUCUGAAUACGAAUACAUUGUAGUAUAUAUUUAUGUAUGUACCUGAUCAUUCUGUUAAAGAUAAAUAGGCAUUUUAAGAAUUUGUUCUUGUAAUGAAAAAUAGGUAUCAUUGUAAAUAAUGUAGUACUUCAGACUAAAGAUAAAUUCCAAGAAAUUAUAUUUUUAUUUGAAAGAUGGAACUCCCAUCUAUUCUCAUCUUGAUAUUCCAGUUGAUUAGAGUCUAAUUAUAUAUUCUACAUCUACAGUUUAUAAGGAAAUACUUAAUCCUUAAUUAUUGUAACUUGAGAAAUGUUGUAAAAAAUAACAUUGUGAAUCAAAGAUAAGAAGAACAGAACCUGAUUAUACUGAUCAAGUAGAUGGAAUUAUAAACACUCUUUUAUAUUAAAAUUAUCAAUCAAUUCAUGAUGAAUAUAAAGUAGACAAAAUGCCUGAUGAAAUUGAAAUUACUUAAGAAUUUUUAACAUCGAAAGAAUUAAAACAUUCUUAUUCAGAAAUCAAAAGAAAUUCUAAUUUCACACCUAUAAUAAAUUAAAUGUCUCGAGAAAGCAAAACUAUAAAAUAAAAAAAUUAGUAUUUAGAAUAUAUGUCUACUGAUUAUAUUGUUAAAAAUCCUAAAGUAGAGAAAUUAGAAAAGUUAGAGAAUUGGUAUGAUUAAGAAUUAAAGAAAAUUAAAUUCAAAUAAGAUGAUGAAUAUUAAAAUGAAGAUUUGAUGGCUGUUCAUAUUGAUAAAAUUUCAAAUUAAAAAUUUAUUGAAAAGUAUAAUCUUUAUUUAUUAAUUACAAUAGUUAAAUUUAAUAGGCUGCAAAAUUACUUGAUCCUUUAUUAAAGAAAUUUCUACAUAAAAAGAAUGGAAUUUACUUAGAUGAAGCUCCUGAAGUAAAUUUUAAUAAUGAUUAUAAAGAGAGAGUUAGAAAUAAAACGAAUUAUAUUGAAAAAAAUACAUAAGAACUUAUAACUAAGAAGGGAAGUUUACAUAAAUUAUUGAAUAUAAAUAAAGAAUUAUUUAUUUAAGGUAUUCCAAGAAUAUUGAAAGAUACAAAUUUUUCAAGAUAUGAAUUACAUAAUACUUAUAUAUUAUAUUGUGCUUUACAAUAGAUUACAUCAUAAAGAUAUCAACAUUAUAAUGUAGAUGAUGGAGUUGAUUAUGAUACUUAUAGAUCAGGAAUAUAUUAAAUUUUUAUGUAGAGUGAAUUUUUAGCAUAAGAAAUAUUUAAUAAAAUUGAUUUCAAUUAUAGUGGUUUCUUGAAUUGGAAUGAAUUUUUGAAAUUAAUGGUGAGUAUAAGGGCAAAAACAUUAAUAGAAAAAUUAGAUCUAUUUAUAUAAAUAUCUGAUUAAGAUGGAAAUGGAUAAUUAUGUUGGGAAGAAAUAUUCUAAUUAUCUAAGGUUUGUCUUUCUAAAUACAUUUAAAAUACAGAUGAUUUUUUAGAUAUGCUAUGUGAAUAUUAUACAAGAUUAAUAUUUAAGGUUGUUGGUAAAGAUCCACAUGAGGAAAUACCUUUCUCUGCUAUUAAAUAAGCUAUUUUAGACUAAAAAGAAGAUUCAGAUUUAUUAUGUAUGUUUUGUGGUGCUGAUAUUUGA